AUGACUUUUUGGAACUCAAGCCAAAUAAAAGAGUGUAGGAGUCUAGAGGAGUACAAUAAAAUAAAAAAAUUGGAUAAAUCUAAAUUAAAGGAUGAUUAUUAUAAAUUAGAAGUUUAUUCAAUCAAUAUCUUGAAUAAGUUUGGCAAGAAAGUUACAAAUAGGCAGCGGGUUUUGAGUACAGCCAGUGUAUACUUGAAGAGGUUCUAUUUAUUUAACAACUAUCUAGAAACUGAUUUAUAUCUUAUUAUAAUUACUUGCUUAUACUUAUCCUCGAAAGUCGAGGAAUUACCCUUAUCGAUAAAGUAUAUAACAAAUGAGUUUAAUAAGCAAUUUAAAACGACCUACAAGAUACAGGAUAUUUCUAAAAUGGAGUUCAACCUUAUAAAUGAUUUGGAUUAUAAUUUAGUGGUUUACCAUCCAGAUUUCAGGCAGUUUCAUCUCGAAGACAAAAUAAACAAUCUUUGUUAUUACAUCUUGAACGAUAUCUACAAAACUAAUCUUCUAUUACUGUUCCAACCAUAUACCAUAUCAAUAGCAAUUAUAGUAUUCGCUUAUUCCAUACAAAACAAUACCGAACAAUCAUCUCAGCUGCUAUCACAACUAAACGCAGAUUUGGAUAUUAUACAAUACAUUAUACAAGAGAUAUUGAAAUUAUAUAAAUUAUUACCAACCAUAGUUGAUAAUGAUAUCUAUGAUUUGUAUUUGAAUUCACAUUUUUAA